UCCUCUGCAGUGCUGGUGUUGGUAGGACAGGGACAUUCAUCACCAUAGACCAUGUCCUGGAGCAGAGGGAGACAGAGGGAGUGGUGGACAUCCCUGGAGUCAUCCUCAAACUCAGACAACAGAGAACUAAGAUGGUCCAGACUCUGGUACACGCACACAUUGCACUGUUUUCAUUAGUACCUGCACCUCCCCAACUUUGUUUGUGCACACUUUUUGUAGGCUAUUCUUUCACUUUUCGUAUACAGUUAUUCCCACUGUGAAGCUUUUGGCAUGCAGCAAUGUUUGUCAUUUUUACAUCUCUCCCAGUGUGUUUAUGCAUUCUUUUUGUGGGUUAUUGUUUCACCUUGACAUGCAGUUAUGCCCGCAAGUUCACUGUAUACUUUCAUUCUGAUAACUGGCCACACUUGAUGUUGUUUCUUCCAGGACCAGUACAUCUUCAUCCAUGAUGCCAUACUGGAGUCAGUCACAUGUGGAGACACUGAGAUCAAAGCUGCGGAUUUGAGGAGGAAACUGGUCAAACUCAAGAGAAAGGAUGAUUCUGGACUUUCUGGACUUGACCUUCAGUUUGCCAUACUGGACCAAGUGAGCGGAAAUGUAGGAGAUGCACAGUCCGUUGCUGCCCGAAACAACCCCACCAAGAAUAGAUCUACUGAUUUUCCUGCCAGUGGACAAAUGGAGAGUUGUUUUGAAAGGAGAAAAUCCAGACUACAUACAUGCCACCAAUAUCCGCGGCUACAAGCAGCAGAGAGCGUUCAUCAUCACACAGGGACCGAUGCGCUCCACUGCCAGAGACUUCUGGAAGAUGGUCUACAGCAGGAAGUGUAGUGUGGUCGUCAUGCUAUCAGACCUCAUUGAACAGGAUGAGGAGGUGUGCUACCAGUACUGGCCUGGGAAGAGAGCACAGACAUAUGGGGAGUUCAGAGUAGAGCUGCUCAGUGAGGGGUGGAAGAGUGGAUUCUUAUUCAGAAACUUCUCUGUCCAGCAGGCCAAGUUUGCCACAGCCCAUCAGGUGUGGCAGUUCCACAUCCCAGAGUGGAGCUCAGACUACCAGUGGCGUGGGGAUGUGAAUGCCAUGGUCUCUGUCAUAGAGGAAGUCUCCAAGGUCCAGAUGAAGACUGGGAACCACCCUAUUGUCGUCCAUGGAACAGUGCACAAGUAGAGGACCUCUCUGGGCCUUGUGAUCUCUGAGGACAACCUUAUGGAAGUUGAGCAUGGAGGUGGCAUAGUCAGGUACUCCGUGGUCUGGCCAGGCUGUGUAGUGGAA